CCGCCCGUCGCGCGCUGCCGGGAUGGCGGGGCCGCGGCUGCUGCUGCCGCUCGCGUGCCUCGCGCUGCUCCUGCCGCCGCCCGCGGCUGCCGAGUUCAGCCCCUCCCUCGACAGCGACUUCACCUUCACGCUCCCCGCCGGCCGCAAGGAGUGCUUCUUCCAGCCCAUGCGCAAGGAGGCCUCGCUGGAGCUCGAGUACCAGGUUCUAGAUGGAGCAGGAUUAGAUAUUGAUUUCCAUCUGCUGUCUCCAAAAGGUGAAACGCUAGUUUUUGAUGAAAGAAAAUCAGAUGGAGUUCAUACGGUGGAAACAGAAGAAGGGGAUUAUAUGUUCUGCUUUGACAACACAUUCAGUACCAUUUCUGAAAAGGUGAUUUUCUUUGAACUGAUCCUGGACAACAUGGGAGAAGAAGGAGAAGAUCAGGAAGACUGGAAGAAGUAUGUUACAGGCACAGAUCUCCUAGAUAUGAAAUUGGAAGACAUCCUGGAAUCCAUCAACAGUGUCAAAGCCAGAUUAAGCAAAAGUGUCCAGAUUCAGACCCUGCUCAGAGCAUUUGAGGCUCGUGACCGAAAUAUACAAGAAAGUAACUUCGACAGAGUGAAUUUCUGGUCCAUGGUCAACUUGGGAGUAAUGGUGGUGGUAUCAGCUGUUCAGGUUUACAUGCUGAAAAGUCUCUUUGAAGAUAAGAGGAAAAGUAGAACUUAAUAUUCAGUAUGAACAUAAAACAACAGGUAAGGGGCGAGAGGGGUAGCAAUAAACUACUACAGUGAAGAAGAAGAAAAAAAAAAGAAAACCAUGACCUUUCAGAUUCUUUUGAAGAGGCAGUAGACACCAGGUUUUCAGUUUAUGUUGGGCUUUUUGGUUGUUUUUGUGGUGGUGGUUUGUUGUUUUUGGUUUUUUUCUUAACAUCAACAGAAUGCUUUGCCCUAAGCUCUUCCAGUUUUUGCAAGUGCUACUAAAAACAGUUUUUGUACUUGUAGCAUUUGUUAAUGCUUGUUAAUGACUAACUUAUGCACAGCGCACAGGAUGCUUGGUGCAUAUGCAAAGUAUUUACUGUCAUUUUUUCAUGUUCACAUAAAAAUGUAAAUGGUAGCUUAGACAUUAGUUUAUUUGCUGUUAAAAAUUGAGUGAAUUUACAUAUGUGCCUAAGUGUUUACAGGGUUGGGGCCCACGGGCGUAGUCUGUAGUUACUGUCAUUUAUCUUAAAAGUUACGUGUUUCUAAAAAACUUCAGCUUUUGUUGUACAGUACCAUGGAGAAACACUGGGCUUACAUUGUGAAAAAAGGAACUUUUUAUAUACAGAUGACUAACAUCAGCACUUUAAAUAAGCACCGUCAAUGUGAAAUUGAGUCAGUGUUGAAAAGAAUUGGAGAAAUUAGGUGCAAUUUCUGUUCAUAAAUGUUUGUCCUGUAGUUGUACAACCCUGUUAUGCUUUUUGGCUGUUACAUGAGAUUCAAGAUAAAGUGACUAUGGUAUACAAACAAAUGCACACACACCUUGAAACAUGGUUUGUGAAUUCUUAGUUACUGUUACCUCAUGUAAUACAUAAUUUUCUAGAAAUCAUUUCUCAUUCUUUCCCUUUAAUAAAGGGUAGGGGGUAUCAUAGUAUGUGAAAACAAUACCUUAAUGUUAAUUUUUGUAGUCUCAAAAUCCCUCAUAUUUGCCAAAUUUUUAUUAGUUUUUGCCUACAUCCAUUACUAAUGUAGCAGUUAAUAGGGUGGUUUACAUAGGCAUGAAAAACCAAUGCUAUUCACCUAAACUUUCCCUUUUUGCUCACACUCACACGUCUUUCAGUUGUGCAAAUGUACCAAGUACACAUGAGCAGUGUUUCCAUGUCUAACUAUUUAUGAGAGUAAGGCAUGAAUUACAUGAGCAGUAAGUACAGGUUUCAGAUUUUAGGAUCAACUGGAUCUGUAAUAAUCACUUAACUAAGGCAAACCUAUCCUCAAAUCAGUAAUAUGUAAUUUCUAGAUGAAGUAGCUUUUAACAGUGCAGUAAGGAUAUGGAGAAUUCUUGCCAAAACCUCUGGUGUGCUAGUCUAUUUUACAAUGUGCCAAGUCACUGAAAUUUCUUCUCUAAAUGUGUUAAACUACAUUUAAUCACAGAAGUGUUUAUUUUAAAAAAUACUUUCUUAAAAACCACUUUUUUAAAAAGUGGUUUUAAAAGUGUAUAUAUUCAUGUUCUGCCUGGUGUUGGGGUCAUCUGGAUAUGAACAGCAGAAUUACAACUUUGAGACUUUGUGAUUAAAAGUUAUUUUAUGGAGAUAAAACAGGGUCAAUAGAUGCAUGAAGAAACACUGUUCUAAGUAAGCAGAUGCUAGCAAGGGCUACAGUACUUAAAAACAGCACUUCAGCUUCAACUUCAGACAAUGGGACCUAGCAAUAAUAUUUCUAAAUAGUUUUUAUAAUAAAAAGUAUUAUUCCUUACAGAACUUGUUAUAGACAGCCCCAAAGGCUUUUGAGCUGCUACUUCUUUCUGCAAAAUAAGAUUGUUUCCCUUUAGGGUUCUGUGUAUCUUCUUUUUGCACAAUAUGCUUUCUGUUAUAAACUACCUGGAAGAAGAAGGCUUAUUUCUGUGAUCAGACAAAGUCAAGGAAAGUUAAUUCAUUCUUCUAGAGUGGCAAGUAUUUUUCAGCUAUUUCCCUGUACAUCUCCCAGUACCAAUAUACCAUGUAUCUACAUCAGGGCAUCAGCAAAGCUCACUGAAGUCAACUUUCAAGGUUUUGAUUGGGUCCCUUCAGGACAGACAAAUAAGAUUCUUAGGGCUCUGCCCCUUUUGCUAGAAGAGAUCAAUCUUCACUUGCAUCACCAUCACUGUGAUGCUACAAACCCUCUGCAAAAUAUUAAAUCAGCUCUGUGAAACUCUGACUAAGACAUCUACCUCUUACAUCAAAGCUACUAGAUUCUAGAUUUCAGCUUAGACCUCCAACAGAUGAGCUCUGCCAGAUUUUCCCAGGGCAUCUCAAGGGAUUAGGUUCUCCAGCCUCUCUGCUGUGCCUCUCUGACAGUGGUUAUACAUGCAGUGGCAAAAGAGGAUGGUGUAUCAGCUGAAGCUGCUCAUGCGUGCAGACUUCUCUGAUCAAAGACACAAGACUGAACUGCAGCAGUCUCUCCAAUUACAAAUAGCAGUCUCUUGUAGAAGGAAAAUAACUAUUGUUACCAGAGUUCAUCUGGAAGAAAUUACUGCUUUGCAACUAAGACCUCUGGCUAUAUUUUAUCCCUGUUCAAGGUUCAUCACAGAAAAUGAAUUGGGGAAUAACUGUAAAGGUAACUGUGCUUUGACUGUGGCAGCUGGAAUAUGUUUUACCAUAGGUGAAGGAUUUGGCAUUUAAACUUGCAGCUGAAUAAAGUUUCAUUUGGAUUUUGAAGACUAGAUUGCUUUUGAUUGUAUAAAAAUUUACCAAGGAGAAUAAAAAUCAAAUUUUUUUUAAUGGAAUUUUUAUUCAGAUUUAAAUGUUUUAAGAAUGCAGAUGUUGAAUAAAAUUAUGCAAAAUUGAGAUUUUCAAUAAAUGAAAUUUAAAUGUG